ACAGUUUUUCUAUCCACUCCUCCCCCGGGUUGAUGGUGCCUAUCUCCAGCGAACGUUUCGGGCGAGAGGCGGGGUACACCCUGAACAGGUCGCCAGUCUGUAGCAGGCAGUUUUUCUACUCAAGAAUAAAUUUUUUUCGAGGCAACUGUGCCUUUGUAUUUAAAUAUAGGCGCAGUGAAAAACCUUCUCUUUGACUCAAAAUGCUUGGCUUUUGAAAGGAAAAGGACACGGGAAAGCCCUGAACUGCGUCAACUGCGUUUUUAUGAUACAGUUGGAUGUUGGCUGAUGUUUAACAUGUCCAGAAGCCACUGCUAAAUGAUUUAUGGCUUUGUUCCUGGAUGGGACCUUAUUGAGCAGAAACAUGGAUACAUCAAAUUUUGCCCACGUCAUCUUCCAGAAUGUGGGGAAGAGUUACCUUCCUCACGCUGCGCUCGACUGUCACUAUACCCUGACGCAGUUCAUCAAACCACAUCCAAAGGACUGGGUUGGCAUAUUUAAGGUUGGUUGGAGCACAGCGAGGGAUUAUUACACAUUCUUGUGGUCGCCUCUCCCGGAGAACUACGUGGAAGGCACAGCAGUCAACAGAACCGUGAUCUUUCAGGGUUACUAUGUCCCUAAUGACGAUGGGGAGUUCUACCAGUUUUGCUAUGUGACCCACAAAGGGGAGAUCCGGGGGGCUAGUACGCCUUUCCAGUUUCGCGCAAACAGCCCCUCCGAGGAUGAGCUGUUGACUGUCGAGGACGAAUGCAAUUCCGACAUUCUGGUCGUCACCACCAAGGCUGGCUUGCUUGAGCAAAAAGUGGAAGAGGCUCAGAGAGAGAAAGAUGAGCUGCUGAAAAGCAUGGCCCUCAUCCAGCAGGAGAAGGAGCAGCUCGACGCAGAGAAGGACAGCCUGCAGAAGGAGUUUGAGCGAGAAAAGGAGACCUGUGCCCAGCUGAGAAGAGAGAUCCAAGAGGUGCUGCACUCGUCUCAGGCCCUUCAGGAGGAGAAGGAAGAGGUCAAGAGGCGACUGGAGGAGGCCACGGCCAGGAUCGUCCAGUUGGAAGAGGAUCUGAUUGGAGUCACACAGAAGGGACUUCAAAAGGAAACCGAGCUGGACAGUCUUAAAGAUCGAUUGAAGAAAGUCGCUCUAGAGAAAGAGGCUCUUGAAUCUCACGUAAAGAAUGAGAGAGAUGAGAAGGAACUCUACAAGAUUCACCUGAAAAACCGGGAGCUGGAAAACACUAAGCUGAGUGCGGAGCUGCAGAUGCUAAAGUCCGUGGAUGUAAACAAGGAAAACACCAUUGCCCAGUUCAAAGAAGAGGUGGGACGCCUGCAGGCAUGCCUCACAGAGAAGGAAAAGCAGUACAAGGAAAUCCUGGCCAAGGUUUCUCCUUUGGGUGACAUGAAGGCCCUGAAGGAGCAGCUGCGGCAGAAAGAGGAUCAGCUCCAGGCCAACCAGCAGCAGUCCUCUCUGCUGGCCGCCGAACUGAGGGAUGCCUCCAGCGCCCGGGAUCGCACCAUGUCUGAGCUCUACCACAUGAAGCUCGAGGCGGACGCCCUGCGCCAGGCCAAGGCCGAAGCUCAGGCCCAGUGUGUCCACCUGGAACUCGUAGUCGAACAGAUGAAGGCAGACGCCAAAAAGGAGGCGGCCAAAUCGGAGGAGGAAGCGUGCACAGACCCAGCUGUUGUAGCAGAGCUGCAGAGAGAGGUGGAGGACCUGAAGCUGCGGCUGCUCAUGGCUGCAGAGCACUACAAGGAGAAGUACAAGGAAUGCCAGCGACUGCAAAAACAAGUCCUCAAACUCUCUGAACAGCAGGGGGAAGUGAAGAAAAGCACAGCACAAGAGGCCGCCGCAAUCCCUGCAUCAGGGAGUCCAGACACAUCGGUGCCAGGCAGCCCAGGUUCUGCUGACCCCAUGUUGGAGGCCAUCAUCCAAGAGAAGCUCAAAGGCAUCAGCAGAGAAGCUUCAGACAGAAACGACAAAUACAGGAAAUGCAAGCAGAUGCUGAUAGAGGAAAAGGAGCGCAGCAGCUUGUUCGCAGACGAGCUGGCCAAGACGGAGCUGAAAUUAAAGGAGCAGCUGAAGACCAACGAGAGUCUAAAGUUGCAGCUGGCUGCCGCAGAGGACCGUUACAAGAGUCAAGUAGCUGAGAAGGGUCGGGAGCUGAAGGAGCUGAGGGACUCGUUUGCACUCGUUGUGAAGGAGAAGGAAAAACUGGAGGGGGAGCUCCAGAAGAGCAGCAGCAAGAAGGGCGAUCAAGGGGCCAGUGAGAAAACCAGUUUGGAGAACCUCCAGACCAGUGUGCCUUUAAUUCUUCAGUACCCCGUCCCUUACGCCCAGGACACCCCGACCCCACUGCUGGUCUCUCAGAGUCCAAGCAAACUACACUUUGGGAACCCUUAUUCCAUCUCAGACUCAAAAGACGAGACAGAGGAGGAGUUCUCAGAUGAUCAGCCUCUGAAGCUGCCCCCCGUAGGCCCACCCUCCUGGGACAGCAACGUGGUCUGCAUCCAGCCCUCCCGCAACCUCAGCCGGCCAGAAGGACACGAAGAGACAGAGGAAAACAACAAUGUUAACACCAACGAACAGCCGCUAGGAACAGAAACGCGCAGCUCAUUUGUGAAUGACGGACAAACCCCCUUCUGCUUUGACUCCAGCAUGGACAUGAAACGCUGUCCGCUCUGCGAGGUCAUCUUCCCGCCCAACUACGACCAGAGCAAGUUUGAGGAACACGUGGAGAGCCACUGGAAGAUCUGCCCCAUGUGCAGCGAGCAGUUCCCCCUGGACUGCGACCAGAAGGUGUUUGAGAACCACGUGCUCACUCACUUCGACGGGCACCCGCUCAACUUCGACUAAAGAAACUGAAAACCAAUGGAGUCUGCAGACUUUCUGCCAUCCACUGAAAAGAAUCACUUUAAGCUCUCUUCUGCAUGUAGUGGUGUUCGGCUCCUCUCUGUAGAGCUAUCCUAACUUUUGCUUUCUUUUAACUUUGAGAUCCACUCGGAGGUGACGUUUGGGGGAAAAAAAAACAAAAACAAAAAAAUCAAUGUUAUUAUUUAGCGUGUAUCACAGGGCUUUUAAAUCAGUUGCGAAUUGAUACUUUUUUUUUUUGAAUUACAGUUUUAAAUGUUUCCCUUCUUUUAGGAUUUGGAAAGAGAAGACUGUUUUACCCUAUAAUUCUUCUUACUGAUUUCGAAUGGACGUGGGUUUUCUCAGAUCUGUAACGCUGUAGGAUGUAACGAGUCAGGGAAAAAGAGACGUGUUUACCAAACUUACAUUUAUCACAUUCGAACAUAUGCUUCCCCCCUUCAUCAUCGCUGUACAGGUCAUCGGUCAGCUGUCAUAGAAAGCAGCCUCGGUGCACUAUAUUCAGUCAGGGAGAAAUCUUAAGUAACUAUACCCAUACAAGAAUAUACAGUAUAUCAUCAGAUCAUCUAUUUUAGAAAAAUUUAAGGCAAUAUUGUGACCGCCUUAAUACUUUAUGUAAUAUGUAGAUUUUUAUUUAGCUAGGUUUUCUUUUUUUUUUUUUUGGUUAUUCCGAUUGUCUCUUAUUUUCAUAUCAACAGCUAAUCAGUGCAUGCUCAGCUUUUGUUGAUUUUCCUUCUUUCUCUCAAGAUAUUAAGUUAUUUCAUUCAUUAAGAUGUUUCAUUAGUUUAGUGAGUUUCAUGUAUCUAAAUAAACUAAUAAAAUUACUUUGAAAUUG